AUGAACAAGGAAGGGAAAAAGGAGACGAUCCGGGUCUUCAGCCGCCAGUCCACGAUCAUCCCCGCCAUGAUCGGCCACACUUGCGCGGUACACAACGGCCGGGAAUUUGUCCCCAUCGUUAUCAAUGAAGGAAUGGUGGGUUUCAAGUUGGGCGACUUCGUCCCGACGCACACGUUCACCUCCCAUCCCAAGCAGGCCCGCACACGUCUCAGCGAAGCAGCCCCGAUUCCGUAA